CGUCGGUUCUUGGAGAUACUCGAGGAAAACAGGAGGACAGCUGCUGCUGCUGGAUGUUGACAUGCAGCGCUGCACGCUUUAAAUAAAACACACAGAGGGACUCUGUGCUGCUGCAGCCAUGCCAGGAAUACCUGCUGAAUAUCUGCUGCUGCAUGGGACGUGAUGGAUACCGCUUCUGCUGAUGGAAACUGACACCGGUGACAGCGACGGAGGAUAAUAAUGAUGGAAGGCAGAGUGAUUCGUCCCCAGCCAGAGCCACAGCAUUUCUCAACCGUCCCUCUGUUGUGCAGCACCGCUCCCUGAAGGAUACAUCGACCUUGACAUAUCACAGCGUGCAUGACAACCUAGCACGAACCGAAGGGAGAAGGUUGCCUCUCAUUGCCAAAAGCUAGAAGACAAAAGGGCCAAAGCUUCGGGGACCAGGCGUCAGCAGAAAUCCACUCUGUCUUGCUGCAAUAACAAAUGAGCUUUUAUUUGUGACGUUAACAGUGCUAACAGCUGACUCCAUAAGGGCCAAUUACUGGCUAAAGGGAAUACGGGGCCAAGAUGAAGGAGACAGCAGUUGUGGCUUGUUUGUUGGCUGAGCUGUCUCUGGCUGCUUUUGUUCUGGCCUCUGAGGGGGCCGCUUAUUGCCCUGCAUUGUGUCGAUGUGAGAUACGACCCUGGUUCUCACCCAGCUCUAUUUACACUGAGGCUGCCACAGUGGACUGUAAUGACUUGGGCCUAUCAGCGCUACCGGAGAGACUCCCGUCAGAAACACAAGUACUGCUGCUGCAGACAAACAACAUUGUUAAUGUGGAGAAAACUUUGGAUUACUUGGCCAACAUCACUGAAAUCGACUUGUCUCAGAAUAACAUUUCCUCUGUGAGCGAUGUUUGUCUGGGGUCUCUCCCCCAGCUACUGUCACUCCACAUGGAGGAGAACUGGAUUCAGGAGCUAUCUGACAGCUGCCUCGCUUCACUGCCCAACCUCCAGGAGUUCUACAUCAACCACAACCUGAUUUUUUCCAUUAGCCCCGGCGCCUUCCAGGGCCUGAACAGGUUGAUGAGGCUCCAUCUCAAUUCCAAUCGACUGACUGGCAUCAACAGCAAGUGGUUCCAGCAUCUCCCCAAUCUGGAGAUACUGAUGCUGGGAGAAAAUCCCAUUCUCGAACUGUCAGACAUGGACUUUCAACCUCUGGCUAACCUUCGAAGCCUCGUGCUUGCCAAGAUGAAUCUGACUGAAAUUCCCGGCAAUGCCCUGAUUGGCCUUGAGAAUUUAGAGAGCCUCUCAUUUUUUGACAACUUGCUCAAUCAAGUCCCAAGAGUGGCACUGAUGAAACUCCAGAACUUGAAGUUUCUGGAUUUGAAUAAGAACCCCAUUGAGAGGAUCCAAAAGGGUGACUUCUUGGACAUGAUGCAUCUCAAGGAGCUGGGCAUCAACAGCAUGCCAGAACUUGUAUCCAUCGACAGUUUUGCCCUGAACAACCUGCCAGAGCUGACAAAAAUCGAGGCCACCAACAAUCCCAGGCUGUCCUACAUCCACCCGAGGGCUUUCCACAAGCUCCCCAGGCUGGAGACUCUGAUGCUGAACAGCAACGCUCUGAGUGCGCUCCACCACAGCACCGUGGAGUCCCUGCCCAACCUGCGAGAGGUCAGUCUGCACAGCAACCCCAUCCGCUGCGACUGCGUCAUCCGCUGGGUCAACAUGAACCGGACCGCUGUUCGUUUCAUGGAGCCCGACUCCCUGUUCUGUGUGGAGCCUCCAGAAUACCAAGGCCAGCACCUUCAAAAGGUGCAUUUCAGGGAGAUGACAGAGAUCUGCCUUCCUCUUAUCUCACCUGGGAGCCUCCCGGAUCGGGUUGAAGUCGUUAAAGGGAACUUUGUGUCGCUUCACUGCCGGGCGUUCGGAGAACCAGAGCCUGAGAUCUACUGGGUGACACCGUCGGGUGACAGGGUCGUACCUGGGAGUGAGUCCGAUAAGUACUACAUGCACCCUGAGGGAACUUUUGACAUCUAUGACGCCACGGAGCAGGAAGCUGGCUCGUACACCUGCGUUGCCCACAAUCUUGUCGGGGCAGACCUCAAGUCUGUGAUGGUUGUGGUAGAUGGAUACAUUGCCUGGCCAAAUCAACCUUUACAUGUAUAUAUCACAUCUGUCCAGUCUCAUUCUGUCAUGGUUUCCUGGGAGAGCACAGGUGGUUUGGUAUCACAGCUAAAUUGGUCCAUUUUAGCCGAAUCCCGCCGCCUCUUGAUGCCAUUCAAAGCCAGGCUUCCUGCUGAUGUCAAAGAGUACAGCAUCAAACAGCUGAAGCCUUCCACUCGCUACCAGGUUUGUGUUGAGAUCACUGCAGCGCAGCUUGGAUACAGCAGGGACUGUGUCAACGUGACCACAAAGGAGGCAGCGGCCCCCUGGAAGAAAACGGAGAACUGGGACAGUCUGGUGAUGGCUACUUGUGCUGUCUUUUUUAUUGUGUUUUCUGUGGCCUGCUCUGUCAUCUAUACGUCUCUGUACAGCCAAGUGUUUUACAGGAAACUGAUAGCAGACCCGGCUGAAACGCUGCUGAUUCCCAGCACUCAUUCCUCGUCUUCUUCUUUUUCUUUCCUGGAAUUUGGCGGUUCUGGGAUCAAGGUGAGGGCUACUGUAAUAGACUUACAGGAAGAUCCCAUGUAAGAAAUGCCCUUGUCUGUAAAAGCACUUUGGGAUUAAGCGAAGAUGAAGAGUGAUGGACAUUGGGCAAUGUCAUUUACGUGCCCUCUUUACAUAACUUUUGAUGAGACAUUUUGCAAUGGAACUCCGCUGGGUGGCAUCAGAGGAAAAUUCAUACACAUUACGUAUGCGGCUAAAAGCAGAGACUGUUUUGUAUUUCAAACUUGUGUCAUUAUAACAAGCUUAAUCAGGCAGAUAUCUUGACUAUAAUCUACAUGGCUACUGGUCUUUCAUGCAGUGCAACCAGAGUAAAGCACAGCACAGGAACUAUUCUGUCUAAAGUACCUUGUUGAGGCUUUGAUGUCUGCAAAAAGCAUUUUCUUUGCAGUGUUACUUUAAAUGGUGCCAAGCGAAGAUAGUUUAUAAUGGCAAAAAAAAAAUAAAUCUUGUUAGUCUAGUGUACAAUUAAACCGACUAUAAUGUAAACAAUUUUAUGAACAAAUACAUUUUUCAUUAAACCUGUUGUGGUGUCUUAUAA